CGUAAACUCAAGGUGGGGGUGGAGGCUCGAGGGUGGUGAGCAGUGUUACUGAUUAGGCGGAGAAGGUUCAAUGAAGAAAGGUGUAAGAAAGGAUCGGGACUGGCGGGUACGUGCGCAUCUUACUCCCACUUCGGGGCUUUUGCCUCCUCGGGAACGCUGGGCGGAGAAGUUGGGCCAGACCGGUGCUCAAUUUCGAUAUACGGCAGCGUCCAGCCGCUUGCUUAAUUAAAAAAUGAGAUAGUUAACUGAAAGGAAUCUGCUCCAUUCUUGCAACCAAGCCAGAUGCCUUCUUCCGCUUCACCAGACCAGGGAGAGGACCUGGAGACCUGUGUUUUACGAUUUUCAGACCUGGAUUUAAAAGACACAAGUGUUAUCAAUCCCAGUAGUAGUCUCAAAGCAGAGCUCGAUGUCAAUACAAAGAAGAAAUACUCAUUCGCAAAGAAAAAGGCAUUUGCCCUUUUUGUCAAAACCAAAGAAGUUCUGGCACCUUCCUUUGAAUGUAAAGAAAAAUGGUGGAAAUGCUGUCAGCAACUCUUCACAGACCAAACUAGCAUCCAUAGACAUGUGGCAACACAACAUGCUGAUGAAAUUUGCCACCAGACUGCUUCUAUUUUAAAGCAGCUGACUAUGACGAUGAGCUCCUCCAAGAGUCUUAAAUCUGCAGACAAAAGGACCCCUCUAAUAGAGUACCUCACUCGAAACCAUGACAUGUCCGCUUGGCUCCCUGAUACGAGCUGCUUUAGCCCAGAUGAGCUGAUAAGUGGCCAGGGCAGUGACAAAGGGGAAGUGCUACUUUAUUACUGCUACCGCGACCUGGAGGAUCCCCACUGGGUCUGUGCCUGGCAGACAGCCCUGUGUCAGCACCUGCACCUCACAGGCAAGGUUCGAAUUGCUACAGAAGGAAUCAAUGGGACAGUUGGGGGGAGCAAACUGGCGACCAGACUGUAUGUGGAAGUCAUGCUUUCCUGCCCAUUAUUUAAGGAUUAUCUGUGUAAGGAUGAUUUUAAGACCAGCGAAGGAGGAGCUUGCUGUUUUCCAGAAUUGCGUGUUGGUGUAUUUGAAGAAAUCGUGCCUAUGGGGAUCAGUCCCAAUAAAAUCUCCUACAAGAAGCCUGGAAUCCAUUUAUCCCCAGGUGAAUUUCAUAAAGAAGUAGAAAAGUUUUUGUCUCAGGCAAAUGAAGAACAAAGUGAUACUAUCUUACUGGACUGCAGAAACUUCUAUGAAAGCAAAAUAGGACGAUUCCAGGGCUGCUUAGCCCCAGACAUCAGGAAAUUCAGUUACUUCCCCAGCUACGUUGACAAAAAUCUGGAACUUUUCAGAGAGAAGAGGGUCCUGAUGUAUUGCACUGGGGGCAUCCGUUGCGAGCGGGGUUCAGCCUACCUCAAAGCCAAGGGCGUGUGCAAGGAAGUGUUCCAGCUCAAGGGUGGCAUCCACAGGUACCUGGAAGAGUUUCCUGAUGGGUUUUACAAAGGGAAGUUGUUCGUUUUUGAUGAACGUUAUGCCUUGUCCUACAACAGUGAUAUAGUGUCAGAAUGUUCAUACUGUGGAGCCCCAUGGGACCAGUAUAAACUCUGCUCGACUCCCCAGUGCCGCCAGCUCGUCUUGACCUGCCCUGCCUGCCAAGGACAGGGAUUCACAGCCUGUUGUGUCACAUGUCAAGAGAAAGGGAACAGGCCAGCUUCAAGCCCUGCCCAGAACAGCUUUAAAGAGGAAUGCGAGUGUACAGCCCGACGGCCACGCAUCCCCAGCGAACUUUCACAGCAGGUGCAGCUCCCCGUGAGCCCAGAGCCAAGGCCUGAUGUUGACGUGGAUGGGCCCUGCUUGUGCGAGCCGCAGCAUCAGCAUUUCUCUAAGCCGCCACAAAGCUAGGUUUGGGGGACCCCAUUUUGGAGAAUAUCAAGGCUGCAGCAACAGAAACGGGAGGCGCUGAUGCUGUCCGAUAGCACUGUGGCAAACUGGCCACCAUACUGGCCACCUAUACUUCACAGGGGGAGGGAGUAGAAGGUGGGUACUGACCACUUCUGACACAUUCUGACUCAAGAUGCUAGAGCAUAGAAAAAGGUGAGCUGUGUGGGGUCCCAGAGCUGCCACGGGACCCCCGGUGACCAGGUCAUGCCUGUUCUGUACCACGCAGCAAGGCUGGUAGUAGUUUUUUUUCUUGUCACUACACCUGUCUGUUCUGGUGGCAAAAAUGUGAAAGCUGUGGCCCCGGAAGUAUACUCCUUGGAACCAGGUUCCUUAGGUCACCUGCCAUCCACUCCUACCCUCACCUCGUGUCUGUUAGCCCGAGAGCACUAGACCAGGAUCUGCGGACUCCAGCGUCUGGCCCACCUCCUACUUUUGUAAACAGUUUUAUGGGAAUAGCCAUACCUAUUCAUUUACGUAGGAUUUAUGGCAGGCAGAAUGAAGUAUUUACAACAGAAACGUUAUGGACUGCAAAGCCUAUAAUAUGUACUAUCUGGACCCUUACAGAAAAAAAUUGCCACCUCCUGGUCUAGACCAGCUCAUCUGAUGGAGCAGAUGGUCUUAAAGAUGUGGCCCACUUUCAGUGUUUACUGAUUUGGUUCUGCGAGAGAGUUCCCCCAAUAGUCUCUGCUUCCCUCAACACCUACCACACUCUUAGCUGUCAAGUAUUCUCUUUUUGAGAGGUUCCGAUUAGCUCGAUUGACACUGGCAU